GUAUAUUUAAAAAACACAGCCGGGCUCUAGUGGUAUUGGGAAGAUUUAAAAUGCCUAGUUGUUUUAAUUUUAACUGCUGCCACCGGUGCCGUUCGUCGUCAGACAGCGAAGUUUUGGAACCUUUAAUCCAACAACCUUUAGCGAGCAGGGAGCACUCAGUUCACUGUAAAGAUUAUGAGAGCUUGGAUUAUGACAAAUGCUACAACACGCCAUACAGGGAACAUAUAAAGAAUCAUGGAAAAUGGUUUGAAACUAAAAAGGAAAUUCUAAGUUGGGUUUCAAUUUUCAUCAUUGGUUUUUGUACAGCAUUGGUAGCGUUUGGUAUUGACACCGUUAUUCGCUACUUAACUGCAUGGAAGCUUACCACAGUUACCAAGUCAAUGGGUGCAUGUAAACAUGAUAGUUGUAUUGCUACUUCCCUAUUGUUGCUUGCUGCAUUCAACCUUUCCUUUGUGUUUAUCGCUGCAUUGUUGGUGGUGUAUGGGGAGCCUCUUGCUGCUGGGUCUGGUAUUCCGGAAAUCAAAUGUUAUUUAAACGGAGUGAAAGUACAAAAUGUAACCAGGUUAAAAACUCUCUUCUGCAAAGCAGUUGGAGUCCUUUUUAGUGUGUCUGGAGGUUUAUUAGUCGGCAAAGAGGGUCCAAUGAUCCACAGUGGUGGCGUAAUAGGAGCAGGAAUACCUCAGUUUGAGAGUCUUACAAUCAAAGGCCUCAAACUAAACAUCCCAUAUUUCCGAUCAGACAGGGACAAGCGUGACUUUGUAUCAGCUGGUGCAGCUGCUGGAGUAGCUGCUGCAUUCGGAGCUCCCAUUGGUGGCGUGUUGUUUAGUUUAGAGGAAGGUUGUUCAUUUUGGAAUCAAGCUCUUACAUGGAAAACGUUAUUCUGCACCAUGACAUCAACGUUCACUUUGAAUUUUUUCCUCUCUGGUACAUUUGACCACUCAUGGGGAUCCUUUAAUCAGAAUGGGUUGUUAACAUUUGGUGUUUUUCAGUGUCCACCUUCUAAUAAGAAUUGCCACUUAUGGACUUUGGGUGAUUUACUUAUAUUUAUUAUCAUUGGUGCUGGUGGUGGAUUGUUUGGUAUGGUGUUCAAUGCAAUAAAUACAAAGCUAACUUUGUUUAGACUCAAAUACUUAGCUAAGAAACAUAAGCUAUUUAGAGUACUUGAAGUUCUAGCAGUUGCCUUCAUGACAACUUUAGUUGUUUUUCUCAGUCCAUUGGUUGGGAAAUGCAAACCUAUUAGCGCUUUUCCAAACAAUACAAUUACAUUAAGCUUUAAGGAGUCUGGCCAAAAUGCAAGUCUGCAAAGAUUCUUAUGUCCUGUUGGAGAGUAUAACGACAUGGCUACCUUGUUUUACAAUGGCCAAGAAAUUGCUAUCAAACAGUUGUUUCAUAAUAAUGGAGAAUUUUCUUUGGAAACUUUGGGUUUAUUUUUCAUUCUCUUUUUCUUCUUAUCAUGUUGGACAUACGGCAGUAGUGUACCAAGUGGUUUGUUUGUCCCAUGUAUAUUAUGUGGUGCAGCUUACGGCAGAUUCGUGGCAUCUUUCUUACAUAACUACCUUGAUAUCAACCAUAUCUACCUUGGUACUUUCUCACUUAUUGGAGCUGCUGCAUUUCUGGGUGGUGUGGUUCGCAUGACAAUAAGUUUAACUGUCAUAUUGAUUGAAUGUACAAACGAAAUUAGUCUCAGCUUGCCAAUUAUGGUUACUUUAAUGGUUGCUAAAUGGGCUGGGGACAUGGCUAAUCAUGGCUUAUAUGAUAUUCAUAUAUUUCUCAAGUCUGUUCCGCUCUUAGAAUGGGAGGUACCCAUUAUAGCAAAAUCCCUGACAGCCGUUGACAUCAUGAACACUCGCUUGAAAUUCAUCUUUCCACACACUAGAGUGCGCUCUAUCGUGAACCUGUUACGCACCACCGCACACAACUCUUUCCCCGUCGUUACCAUGGAAACAGUAGAUAGGGAACCCAAGUCUACUUUGUCCACUGCUAAUCUAAGAUACAGGUCCUCCAGUCAUGUGACAAGAAUGCAAGUGGAGCGCGAACGAGCAAGGACGAGAAGUCAACUGGAGACGGAGCUCGUGGAGGUUGAUCUCAGUGAUGAAGAUACAUCUGAAGAGGGAUCCAUGUGUGAGAAGAUGAGCAGCAACGAGGACUCAAACGGUUCUUCAGGACUUGCAGAUAAUUUGCAACCAAUGACCUUUCAUGGAAUAAUUCUUCGCACACAACUGACUACACUGCUUAAGAAUAAUAUUUACCACAACCAAUAUUCGGGGGCAUCCACUCAAGAGGUAUUAUCAUAUGAAAAAUUUAAUGAGGAUUACCCACGUUUCAUGAACAUUCAUGAUAUGAAUAUGGAUGAUUUGAACCUAAAUGAAAUAUUGGAUGUUACACCUUACAUGCACCCAUGUCCACAUAUCGUUCACCCUGACUCUCCAGUGCCUCAAGUGUUCAAUUUGUUCCGUACUAUGGGCUUACGUCAUUUACCAGUCAUCAAUAGUAGAGGAGAGGUACUAGGGUGGAUUACCAGACACAACUUAACUCAUGAAUUCAUUGAAGAAAUUGUAAAAAUUAAAAGCAAUUCCAGAGAUUAAGUUGAAAUACACUUUGUGCAAUAAGCUAAUAAUCUCCUUGACCUAUAUAUUAUAUGGCAAAGAAAUACACUGGAUAAUUUAGCAGGCAUAUUGAUUUUUGAAUUUUUAACAAAAUCUGGGGUGGCAAUGUUAAAUUUGCAUUUAUAGCGUGAAACAUUGGGAACUUUGGUGACAAAUAUUACUGUACAGUUUAGCCCUGCUUGUUUGUAUAGAGUUUACAUCAGGGUAAAAGCUGUAUUAAAUUGUAAAACUGAGGUGCUAAAACACUCCUGCCCCCCUUUCCCCAAAUUGGGAGUACAUGUCAACCUAGUCACCCCUAUGAUGCAAAAUGAAUAGUAUUCGAAGUGAUUUUUGACUGUUUUGGUGUAUUUACGAGCUAUGUUUAAUAUCUAGGUCAUACUUAUGUAACUACAUAACUGCAUAUACCCAUUAAGUGCCAAUUCCAUUUUUAUGCAACAUUUUAUAAAUCUAUCAUAUUGCCAUUUGUGUGAUUUUGUUUAUCAUUCUCAUGAUUAUAUAUGUAACCAAGUGAAUAUUUAUCAUCGUUUUAUGUGAUUUCUAUUUAUCUUACGCUACCUACCUGUUUAAGAAGUGCAAUUACACCACCAUUAUUGUAAA